AUGGCAUCAGCUUUAAGGAAAGCUCAAACGCAUGAUGACCGAGUGCAUAGAUCUCGCAAAGUGAAAGUCACUAUUUUGGCAUCUGAAUGGAGAUCAAGUAAUGGUGGACUUUCCACCAUAAACAGAGAAUUAGCCAUUCAGUUGGCCAAGUUCCCUGAAGUGGAAAUCACUUUCUUUUUACCAAAAUGCAGUCAAGGGGACAAAAACGUAGCCCUUGAUCACAAAGUAAAGAUCGUAGAGGCAACUCCACUGUCUUGUUUUGAAGAGCUUGAUUGGCUUUGCUAUCCACCAGACGAUUUGGAAAUCGACAUUGUUGUUGGUCAUGGAAUUAGGCUCGGUAAACAAGCGCAGGUCAUUAAGAAAUCUAAAACGUGCAAAUGGGUUCAAGUGGUACACAAAGACCCUGAGGAACUUAAGAUGUUUGAAAGCUAUUCUAGCCCAAAUUCAAAGGGUGAAGAAAAGCACGAGAACGAAGUAGAACUGUGUGAAAUGGCUGAUCAUGUUGUAGGAGUUGGACCCAAGUUGAGCGAGUCCUUUCGCUCAUAUCUUUCUGGUUGUGAUAAAGAUGGUAAUGUCUUUGACCUCACUCCUGGAGUAUUUGAAGAGUUAAAGACUGUAAAGCAAGUUAGUCAUAGCGAUAGGCAACAACGCAGAGUCUUGGUGUUUGGUCAUGGAGACGUAGAAGAUUUUAAAUUAAAGGGAUUUGACAUCGCUGGGAAAGCAAUUGCUGCGUUAGAAGAUACUCGUCUUGUGUUUGUUGGGGCACCGGAUGGAAAAGACGAAGAAAUAAGGAAGCGGUUAAUCGAGUGUGGCGUUCCUGCAAGUCGAUUGAAAAUAAAAGGAUUUGUUCAAGACCGAGAGGGUUUAAAGCGAUUAUUCAAACAAGUGGAUCUUGCAGUCAUGCCUUCAAGAACAGAGGGCUUUGGUUUAACAGGACUCGAGGCAAUGUCAGCUGGUCUUCCAGUGCUCGUCAGCGGCAACUCUGGUUUUGGAGAAGCACUGUGCAGUGUAGCCUUUGGUUCAUCAUUUGUGAUUAAGUCAGAGGACCCCGCAGUUUGGACCGCAGCCAUCCAGAAGAUCUGGUCCAAGGACAGGAAAUGUCGACUUGAGGAAGCGGUGUCCUUGCGCGGUAAUUAUGGCAGGAAAUACAACUGGGCCAAACAGAUAAAAGAGUUAGUUGACAGGAUGGUCAGCCUGACGCAUGGUAGGAAUGUCAAUUACAUUUUCUUCAGUGGCACAAUGUCAGGAAACAAUACAGAGAAAAAUGAAAAGAAGGAAAAAUAGGAUCGCUUACAAGUUUUGCCCUGAAGUGUUGAUAAAAAUGUUCACCGAUACCUAUCCGAACCUUAUGCUGAUAACAGCAAAACUGUAAUAUUUGUAAUUUCUUCAGGUAUAUUGUUUCAAGUUAGCGGAAUAGUCUGUGGAAAGUGGUCGGUCAUACCCCUCGGUCUAGUCUUAAUUUGCAUUACAUGUACUUCACAUAUUGGAUUGUAGUUAUACACACAUACUCCCUGCAAUAGCAUGUUUUCUCCAUUUAUUUCCAGCAAAUUUCCGCUCAACAAAUGUUCGCCCCAGGGAGGAAUGGGCACACCUGGAAUGGACUAAGCCUUAAGUUUCAAAGAGAUUAUUAUCGUAACCCAAGCUUAUUUUUGCAGAGCCUUCUAUGGAAAUUGAAAACAACCAAAACAGAGACUCUUACGACGACGAGCAGCCUGUUUCAGAAACUUCCCUUAGUAGUGACUGUGAAAUGAAAGCUGAUACUGCAGCAGGAAAUCCGACUGAAAUAUCCACACAUACAGACUGUCAGUCUCAAAAUAGCCGUAAGCGUAAAAUGUCAGAAUUACCUUGUAAUCCAGGUAUGCAAAAACAUGAGUUGUUUUUCUUGAUAUUGCUCAUUAGUACACUUCUAUAUCUAAAGGGGGGAAGUGAUUGUUAGAUUAUUCAAAGGAACUUCUUCCUACAGGACUUGUUACCGUUUAUCCUUGUACUGUAGAAGUGUAUUAUUGAUAAAAGUAAAACUUAUAUAGCGCCGAUAUCAAUAGUCCCUUUAUAGUCGCCAUUUUCAUCAGCGGUUAUAAAAAGGAUUUUGAAUAAAUAAUAAAUAAAUAUAUAAAAAAUUAAAAUAUAUCGAACACUAAAAUUAUUAAAAAUAGCGUUAUUUACUUAAACUGUGCAAAUUGCGUAAAACCUACUAAAAACGAGUAAAACAAAAGAUUUCAAAUUACAUAAGAGCGUUCUAGAAUGAAAGGGCCGUGAGUGCCUUCUUAAAAAUGACAACUGAGGGGCGUCUCCGUAUCGCAGAAGGAAACAAAUUCAAAAGGUUGGGAGCACCAACAGCAAAAGAGCGAUCUUUUAACGUGCUGAAUUCUCCGCAAUGCCAUUUAAAAAUAUCUCAGUGACAAAUAUUUUCAAAAAUAUGUGCGAACAGGUUUUCCAACUUUGCAAAUUAUAUCUUUCAUCGAAUUGCUAUAAACGUUAACAUUCAAUUGACAUUCAAGUAUGCAGCUAAUAUUGUGAAUCCGGGAUAACGCCCUAACUAAGUUGCGUUGUGGUGGCUUGGAUAAGGUUUUUAAAGCUCUUUAGGCUCCUGAGUAGACAUUCAGUAAUGAUGAGUACCUUGACGAGAGCCGUCUCUUAAAUACAGCUACUUCAAGUGAGGAUAGCGGAAUCCUUUUUAAGAAGCAUAUGCCCUCCAAGAUAGCUAGUCAUGAAGGUGAAUCUUCGCUGAGGAAGGAACCUAUGAAAAGCUGGAGUAUGCAAAGCAUUCCAGGAUCCACUUCUAGU